AUGGCUGAACGCAACCCCGUGGUGUUGUCCACAUCUUUCCCUCAUUUAAUUUCCCAUUUACUUCACCCAUCGUCAGAGGCUGAUGACCUGAGUGACACCUUCCUCUCCGGCGACGAGAACGGCGAAAACAGGACGGCCUCCACCAGCACCAAAAACAUCAACGAGAUCAACGGUAACUGGAUCUUGUCUCCGACCUGCCCUUGUGGUUUGUCUGUAGGUGGGGCAGGGGGCAAAGGUGUGUGGGGGUCACCUGGAGAAGUGUACGACCUGGAGGAGGUGGACGUGAAAGACCCCAACUACGACGAAGCGCAGGAGAGCUGCGUCUACGAGGCUCUGAUCCCACCCCUGGAGGACGGCGACUUUGAGAAGACGCUCACUCCCAUCGUGCAGGAGUACUUUGAGCACGGAGACACCAACGAAGUAGCGGAGCUGCUGGGUGAGCUGAACCUGGGCCCCAUGCGGAGCGGGGUGCCCAUGCUGGCCGUGUCCCUGGCCCUGGAGGCCAAGGCCAGCCACCGGGAGCUGACCUCCAGGCUGCUGGCCGACCUGUGCGGCCCGGUGCUCACCCGGGGGGACGUGGAGAAGUCUUUCGACAAACUGCUGCGGGAGCUGCCCGACCUGGUGCUGGACACCCCGGGAGCCCCGCAGCUGGUUGGUCAAUUCAUCGCCAGGGCCGUUAUGGACCGGAUCCUGUCCAAAAGUUACAUUGAGGGAUACAAAGGCAAAGUCGACUGUGAACACGCAAGGGCGGCCCUGGACCGCGCUGCGGUGCUACUGAGGAUGAGCAUGGGGGGUCUCCGUAUAGACAACCUGUGGGGCGCAGGCGGGGGCCAGAGACCUGUCACACAGCUCAUCAAAGAAAUGGUCCUACUUCUGAAGGAGUACCUGCUGUCAGGAGACUCCCAGGAGGCAGAGAGGUGUCUGAGAGAGCUAGAAGUGCCUCACUUCCACCACGAGUUUGUCUACGAGGCUAUAGUGAUGGUCCUGGAAUCCAAAGGAGAGAAAACCUUCAAAAUGGUUCUGCAGUUGCUGAAGUUCCUGUGGGUGUCCACGGUCAUCACAGCAGACCAAAUGAGAAGGGGGUAUGAAAGAGUUUACAUGGACAUUGCUGAAAUCAACAUCGAUGUUCCCCGUGCAUAUUUCAUAUUGGAGCAAUUUGUGGAUAAUAGUUUCAGCGCUGGAUUGAUCAGUGAAAGACUUAGAGAUCUCUGUCCCAGUCGAGGGCGAAAGAGAUUUGUGAGCGAGGGAGACGGUGGUCGUUUUAAACUUGAAAGCUACUGAGGAACCAUUUUGUGAGUUGUUCUGAGUACUGAAGAUACUUUUUAUUCAAUAUUUUGUCAUAAUGGUUGGGUACAAAAAAAAAGAUUUCCUUUUAACUGUCAAAAGAAUGUAUAUUUCUGAAAAUGUAAAAAAGGUGGUAGGGUCUUAAAAA